GCCAGUUAGUUCCUUCCGAAGCCAAAUCAAAUAGCUUGAACUCGUUUUGCCAACCAGCCACCCUUCUUAACUUGAAAAGCAGGAAAGCCUCCUUUUGACGCCUCCUUUUGUUUUCUUCUCUCUUCUCUUCUUCCUCCUUUAUUCCUUCCUUCUCUCUUCCUCCACCAUUACAUAACAUCUCAAACCACUUGGGGUGCACCAUUUCUUCUUUCUAAAUUUUUCCCUCACUUCCUUUCUUGUGAAAAGUGUCAAAUAUUGCAGCUUUGGGCACCACAAUGGUCCACUAUCACCGUUACCAUCAACCCAGGAAGGGUGUCACAGACUCCAACAAAGAUGAAGAGUCACAAAACCUUGUGUUGGAUUGCUCAACCUCUGCUUACUACAAGAGAACCAGGCCAAAGUUGUUGUCUUUUCUCUUCCUCAUCACCCUCCUCUCCUGCUGCUAUGUCUUUGCACCUCUUUUCCUUUGCCCUUCUUUCCCUUUUUCUCUCUUAUGUAACUCUCCCGGAACUGAAAAUGAUGUGAGCCGAGAUGGUGUUGAUGUAUAUGCUUCUUCUACAUGCUCUUCAGUUUCUGCUGGAACUAUAUGUUGUGAUAGAAGUAGUUAUCGUUCUGAUAUUUGUGUGAUGAAAGGUGAUAUCAGAACACACUCUGCUUCCACUUCGGUCUUUCUCUUCAAUUCAAGGAGCCCCGAUAAUGGUUCCACGAAUGCUGAAGAGGAACUCCAACAUGAAAAGAUCAAGCCAUAUACUAGAAAAUGGGAGAAGAGUGUUAUGAACAACAUUGAUGAAUUAAACCUUGUUUCGAAGAAAGUGAAUUUGGUUAGUGUUGGUGGUUGUGAUGUGCAACAUGAUGUUCCAGCGGUGUUUUUUUCUACUGGGGGCUACACGGGCAAUGUUUAUCAUGAAUUCAAUGAUGGAAUCAUACCUUUGUACAUUACUUCACAGCAUUUCAACAAGAAAGUUGUGUUUGUGAUUCUUGAGUUGCAUAAUUGGUGGGUGACGAAGUAUGAGGACGUCCUUUCUCGUCUAUCAGAUUUUCCAGUGAUUGAUUUUACAAAAGACAAUAGGACUCAUUGCUUCCCAGAAGCCAUUGUUGGUCUCACAAUCCAUGAUGAGUUAACUGUUAAUUCUGCAUUGAUGAGGGGCAACAAGAGCAUUGUUGAUUUUAGAAACCUUUUGGAUCAAGCUUAUUGGCCUAGGAUUAAGGGGCUGAUUCAUGAUGAGGAAAGGGAAGCGCAAGAGAAAUUGAUAGAACAAACCUCUUCAUCUCCAUCAUCAGAAACAUCACAACAACAUUACAUUAAGCAACAAGUGCCAGAAAAUCCAAUGAAGAAGCCUAAGUUGGUUAUUCUCUCUAGAAGUGGGUCAAGAUCUAUAACCAAUGAGAAUUUGCUGGUGAAGAUGGCAAAGGAAAUUGGCUUUUUGGUGCAAGUUUUGAAGCCUGACAGAACAACAGAAUUGGCAAUGAUAUAUAGGACUCUUAAUGCAAGUGAUGUCAUGAUUGGGGUCCAUGGAGCAGCAAUGACACAUUUUCUGUUCUUGAGACCUGGCUCUGUGUUUAUUCAAGUGGAUCCUCUUGGUACUAGUUGGGCUGCAGAAACUUAUUAUGGGGAACCUGCAAGGAAGCUUGGUUUGAAAUACAUUGGCUAUGAAAUUCAUCCUAGAGAGAGCUCUUUGUAUGUGAAAUAUGAUAAAAAUGAUCCUAUUCUUAGAGACCCUACAAGCAUUACCAAGAAGGGGUGGGAAUAUACAAAGAAAAUAUAUCUUGAUAGCCAAAAAGUUACAUUGGACCUUGGAAGAUUCAGAAAAAGGUUGCUUAGAGCUUAUGAGUAUGCACUCUCCAAAUCAAAACUGAAUCUCCAAAACCCACCGAUUUGAAUUUCAUUUAGUUAUCUACAAUCAUUCUUUAAUGUGAAAAAUAUAUAUACAUAAAGUAUUGAACAUUCUUAUGCAUAUUAAUACAACCCGAAAAGUUCUUGGUGCGAAAUGUUGUGUACAGCAAGCAUUUAGAAAGGUACCUAGGAUGUGUAAAUAAAAGCUGCAACUUGUGAUUCCUCAUUUUCUUUUUGGUGUGAAAAACAAUGUGUAACAUUGUUCACUUCAGAGUUCAGAUUCAAUCGUUCAAUGUUAGUGGUUUCAAAUUUUGUUGAGAUGUUAAAGUUGACCGUGCAGUUUGCCAGAGCACUAGUCUGGUGUUGAUUAAUAAGAGAAAAUAUUUUCUUUC